GAAAGAACAGGCGGAAGUGACGCAGACCCCCGCGAUGCUGGGUUGGGCUUUUCCGGCUUUCUGUCGCCGUUCGGGGUCUCCGGUUUGGGCUGCCGCGGGACAGGGAUAUGCGAUGCCCCGGAAGGGGAAAGCACAGACCAAGGACUUUGUAAAGCCUUCUGUUCUCCCAGUUCCAGUGACAACGGAUAAAAAUGGUUCUGUUGUUAUCUCUGUUCAUGCCAAACCAGUAUCUAAACAAAAUGCUGUAACAGAUCUGACCACUGAUGCAGUUAGCGUGGCCAUCGCAGCCCCUCCAUCCGAAGGGGAAGCCAAUGCAGAGCUCUGUCGCUACCUCUCUAAAGUCCUCGAAGUCAAGAAGAGUGAUGUGGUGCUGGAGAAGGGGAGUAAAUCUCGAGAAAAAGUUGUGAAAAUUUUGGCCCCGCUGACUCCAGAGGAUGUUUUAGACAAGCUGAGGAAAGAGAGUUCCAGCUGAAGCUAUUUCUCCAGGCGCAAAGGAUGACUUCAUUUAGGUGCAUGAGAGCUCACAAGUACAAGUGGUGGAGAACCCAACAAAAAAUGUGUACACGGCUAUAAGAUGCAAAAAAGGGUUUGGUUAUUUUAGCCUCAUAUUAACAAGGUGCAGAGUUAUUUGAAAGAACCCCACUGGACCCUGAAGAUAACCUUCCUCAGUCCAUCUUGACAUUCUUUUCAAGUAACUUAGUUUGUUUAACUGGUCAGGAAGGCAUUAGCCAUUUUCACUGCAUCAAAGUGAU